UCUCUCCUGACAGGACCACAGAGAACAUCUCCAUCAUGAGCUUCAAUGGAAAGUUUGAACUCCAGUCCCAUGAAAAUUUUGAGCCUUUCAUGAAAGCCCUUGGUCUUUCUGAUGAAUUGAUUGAGAAGGGCAAGGACAUCAAGAGCAUCUCAGAAAUUGUGCAGAAUGGCAAAAAGUUCAAGGUCACCGUGACAACUGGCAGCAAAGUGCUGACCAAUGAGUUCACUAUUGGAGAGGAGGCCGAGCUGGAGACCCCCACUGGAGAGAAGGUCAAGGCUGUUGUUCAAAUGGAAGGUGACAAUAAACUGGUCACGAACUUGAGCAAAAUCAAAUCCGUCACGGAAAUAAAGGGAGACAUAGUCACCAAUACAAUGACUGUGGGAGACAUCAACUACACGCGAAUCAGCAAGAGAAUCUAGCUAGCCUGUGCAUUUCCUAUACUGUGUAAAGUGUGCCCAAUAAAGUACAGUUUGUA